CUGGCCGUCAGUUCAUAUCCACACACAUCAACCAUAAAUCAGAAGGUCUUCUUAUCGCCAAAACCGUCGCUUCUACGCCGACGACACUGCGAGCCCCUCUGACUCCUCCGCAGACGAAGACGGCACUCUCGGGGAGGAGUCGUAGGGGGAGGAGUCCGACACCACCACCCCCUCUAUCCCCUCUGACACCACCAGCCCCUCUCCGAGCUCCUGGUCGUAGACAACAGCGGCCUGGAAGAAAGCAGAACAAAUGCCAUGGACACAUGCAUGCAAGUCUGACCUGGUCUGCAGGUGCCGAGAAAAAUGGCGGCUCCGAGUCGGACGGACACCAGGCCAUAAGGAUGAUGCCCACAAACAUGAAGAGCGGCCCUGCAGAGAAGGUGAUAAGAGAGAGGGCCCUUUUGUGUGAGACGACUGUAAUGUACCGAUGUAGAUGUAGACGCUGCCGAGUGUGAAGGCGUCGUCGAAUCCGAUCAUCGCUGACAAUAACACAGUGGGCAUAAUGGCCGUGCCACAGCUAUGCACCGACAGUUCCUACCCCCUGCAAUGCCGGCGAGGCCGAAUGAGGCAUGAAAGGAUGGCAGGAAAUCCGUUGAUUUGACUCUUGCGAACACAUCGUCAUUCAUGUAGUACAUCUGACAGGCAGAAGGGGACAGAAACACGACAAUGUGUGCGUCUGGUGUGUUCUCAUGGCCAAACACUGCGUAAUGUCAUCGAAGCACCAAACCUGAAAAGCCCCUGAGCAUAUAAAAACCAACACCGCCGGCACGCAAUUGGGAUCGAACCACGCUGGAGCAGCUACCAUCUGCAAAAGAAACGGGUGCAUUACAACAUAUCUCGACUCACGCAGCCUGUCUACCCACCGCCUUUGUCAGAACGCCAAUUUGAGAGCCGAUGAGUCCGCAGAUAGCUCCAGAGACCACACCUGAAGGGAAAUUGUCAUGCUGAGCUGCGUGGUUUCAUGCAUCUUUCUGCUCACCAAGGAUGCGUCUGUACAUGUCAGCGGUCCGGGUGCGGCCUCCGUUGUGUGCGUACCUGAAAUACAAAAGGAGGACAGACAUGUGCACGGAUGGAUGUAAUGACUGACGAUAUGCUCUUGCCUACAUACACCAUCUGGUUUCUGAGUUUGACACGCCCCCAAAUCAGUGCUCCCACUGUGAGGAUGAGCAGGGCGAUAUGCAGCACAUAAAACAGCCUCCAAAAAGCAACGCCAACCUGCCAGGCAAGAGAUUUGAGAGCACACAGAGAGCUUUCCUUCUUCGCCUACCGAGUCGUCGUCUUUGUCGCCGAAGGCAAGAACGGUAAACCGAUACACCAAAGCACCCGAGAAAGCGAAACAGGCACCGGAAACGACUGCUUGGUCGGCCAUCUCUCCGUGCAUAUGCUGAAGAGCCACACAUAGGUACACGAGCAUCCAUACAUCUUCUUUGUGCACUCACGUAGCUCAACACCGGCGAGAAGAACAAUGAUGCCGCGGUGUACACAGCAUAUACAGACCGACAGCGCUGCCCACUGUGGUGCACAAGAGCAGAAAUAGCGCCUGGGCGAUGGUGAAGAGAACGCAUCCCCACGCCUUGCUGGAGAAGCCCAACCCCUGGCGUGAGGCGAGCCCACAACUGCAGAUGAAGCCGACAACGGCCGCCACCAGCUGGCUCCAUAGGGGUGUCAGCUCCGGCAACCAGCUCUUGAUGACAUAGACGAAGACGAAGAGAAAGCAGAUCCAGGCGAAUUUUCUCGUUGGCGAACAAAGAUCCAUUGUUCGGAGCGUCCCUCUGCGUCACGCG